GGUCAGUCAGUACGAGGGAGAGAGUCCCCGGCGACAGGCAGUCGACUACACGGACAGUUUGCUUACAGUGCGAUGCGCGCGCAUUUUGCGAUCUUUUCCGUCGCCGCGGUAUUAGUAUUCGUCAACAAUGCGAGCUCAGCGCGAAUACUUGGCCUCUUCCCACACACUGGUAAGAGUCACCAAAUGGUGUUCGAACCGCUCCUUCGUAGAUUAGCGGAAAGAGGACACCACGUUACAGUCGUAUCGUUUUUUCCAUUGAAGAAUCGCCCGGAAAAUUAUACCGACGUCAGCCUCGAAGGCAUCGCAUCGUUGGGAGUAGAAACAAUUGAUAUGGCUGAAUUUGAAAGCUAUAAUGGGAUAGUUGAAGUACCAUUGUGGAUCGAAAAUAUAAUGAGACAAAUAUUCGAUAUCAAUCCAUUAGGAGACAUGGCGUUAAAUGUGUGUUCGAAGCUCGUGAGUUGGCAGCCGCUGGCUGAAGCCUUGAGAAAAGAUUACGAUGUGGCUUUAGUGGAAUUUUUUAAUAGUGAUUGUGUGCAUGGUUUGAUGCAUGUUUACGGGAAGAAAGUGCCCACUAUAGCGAUGUUAUCGAGUGGUUUGAUGCAGUGGUCGGCGGACCGAAUCGGCGUCACAGAUAACCCGGCCUAUGUGCCGACGUUCAGCUCAUUCUUGACGUCUAGGAUGACCUUCAUGGAAAGGCUGGAGAACACUAUUGCAAACUGUUAUCUUAAACUGUGGUAUCGGUAUAAAGUACAAAUGAAAGAACAAGAGAUAAUCGAGAGACAUUUCGGAAGGAAGAUCCCAGAUUUGAAUGACAUAGCAAAGAACAGUACGACUAUGAUGAUGGCUAACGUGUUUCACAGCUUGAAUGGGGCGAAGCCGUUGCUGCCCGGUUUGGUAGAAGUAGGCGGAAUGCACCUGAACCCUAAGAGCACAGGAAUCCCAUUGUACAUGGAACGAUUCCUCAAUGAGUCUGAUCAAGGCGUAGUGCUGUUCAGCUUCGGGUCUUUGCUUAAAACAUCAACGAUACCGGAGUACAAAGAACAAAUGAUAAUGAAUGCCCUUUCGAGGCUGAAGCAAAAUGUUAUCUGGAAGUAUGAGAAUAGUGCAGAGGAAGGAACGAGGAUCGGAAAUAUACUCAAAGUCCGAUGGAUUCCUCAGUAUGAUUUGUUAAGGCACAAAAAAGUAAUUGCUUUCAUUGGCCACGGAGGGCUAUUGGGCAUGACAGAGGUAGUAUCAGUGGGUAAACCCAUGCUGGUUGUACCAUUCUUUGGUGAUCAGCCAUAUAACGGCAAAAUGGCAGAAGAAGUCGGGCUGGGCUUAUCAAUCCCCUACAGACACAUAACAGAGAAGAGAUUUUAUGAAGCAAUCAGUACUGUGCUGAGUGCAGAAAUGCGUCUGAGCGCCCGUCGUGUGUCCAAAAUUUGGCACGACAGAGAAACUAAGCCCUUGGACAAAGCUAUUUAUUGGGUCGAGCGAGUCAUACGUUGGGGUCACCAAGACCCCUUACAUUCAAGUUCCAGAGAUCUCAACAUUAUCCAAUUAUCACUACUAGAUAUAGCAGCAGCUUCCAUAGUAGCAAUAAUUGUACUUAUAAUUUUAACGAAGCUGUUACUGUCAUUAUUAUUUAGGUUAAUUAAAGUCAGCUUUAAUUCCAAAGUUAAAGAUAAGUUACACUAACAUUAGUAUACAUAAUUUAAUAAAUUAAAUCAUGUAGUAAUGUUUAUUUGUGGGCGAGAUAUGUUUUGAUUGAUUAUUUAAUCUGGGAUUAAUAAAAGAAAAAGCAGGAGCCUUUUCUUUUUCAGUUGGAUAUCGAGCUUUUUCAUUUAAAUUAUUAUUUUUGAGUCUUCUUUUUAUUAUAAUAACCUAAAUAUUCGAAUAAGUAAAAAUAAGACUGGCAAAGUUGGACU